AUGCUGCUCGACCUCGACGAGAUCCCCGGAGCACCCCCAAUCUCAGAACCAGACGCCUUCCUUCGCGCUGAAAAUUACGUUCGCAUCGAGCAGGAUAUCCCGCAGCUACGGUUCGACCCGAAAGAUCCUCGGAUCCAGUUGAGAAACAAGAGAAGGUCAUCAUCCUUCCACCCAGGAGGAUCCACUCAUAAAGCACCAAGAUGCCGUCACGAAUUCAUCCCCUUGCCGAGACGACGCUCAUGUCUACGACGACGAGACCCGGAGGAGCAUAGAGAAUCGCGCGCUGAGCGACCGCCAUGCUUCUCCGCAGUGUUCAUUCUCAGAUCAGGAGAUAUCGAAAUCAUUGCCGACAUUCGGAGGACCCCCCUGACGAGCCGCCUCUCCGAGAUACCACUGAAGAAACCCGCCUUCCUAAAGCAACACCUCCGCUUCGCACUCGACGACCUUAUCUUGUGCAAAUCCAACGACGAUAGGGUCGACCGCCUAGGCAAAUUCGGCUUCAGCUGGGAAGGACCAUAUCGAGUCGCACGAGUUGUCAAGCCAGGCAUCUAUCAGCUCGAAGACAACCUUGGCAACACGUCCGAACGCCUCUGGAGCUCAACGGAGCUGCGCAAGUUUCAUGACUAG